UCGUGCUUCUCUGGCCGGCACUCAUCGAUCGUGGACAUCUCUUGGAUAUAGUUGUAGUGGAAGAAGAAUGGAUAACACGGUCUCUACACCCCGUGGAAUGCUUUCGCUUUCCAAAGCCGAAACUUCGGGCUCACUCAGGAAUUGCGGCAGUGAUGAAACAGGUGAACUGAAGGUACUGUCAGUGACUUGGAACCAGGACUGCAGCUGUUUUACCGCUGGGACCAAUCGUGGUUUUUGCGUAUAUACGUCUAAGCCCUUUAAGGAGAGUCGCAGACAUGAUCUGAAGGGCUGCGGGUUUAAAAUCGUCGAGAUGCUCUUCCAAUCCCACCUCUUUGCGCUUGUGGGUGACGGAUCUAACGAUACUCUGUACCCUUCGAACAAGGUCUGGAUUUGGGAUGAUCACCAGGAUCGAUGCCAUUGCGAACUUGCUUUUAGAUCUGAGGUUGUAUCCGUGAAACUGCAGAGGGAUUGCAUUGUGGUUGUCCUGCAACACAAGAUCUAUGUGUACAGUUUCAAUGACCUGAAGGUCCAACGUCAAAUCGAAACUAUCAUGAAUCCGAAAGGAUUGUGUUGCAUUUCUCACCAUGUGACAGCGAACAUCCUGGCUUGUCCAGGGCUCGAUCGAGGACAGGUUCAGGUCCAUGACUUGGGACGGAAAACUACUAAAAUUAUUGAUGCCCACGAUUCUGCUGUGGCCUGCAUGACCCUGACCCUUGAUGGAACUCUUCUGGCUACUGCUAGUACCAAAGGAACUUUGAUCAGAAUUUUCAACGCAAUGGACGGAACUCGCUUACAAGAGUUGCGAAGAGGAGCAGAGAAAGCAGCGGUUUAUAGCAUCGCGAUCUCUCAAAAUCUGAAAUGGGCGGCCGCAUCAAGCGACAGAGGGACUGUACAUGUCUUUCAUCUGAACCUAUCCAUUCAGAGUCUAUCCCCUACAGCAGUGCAGAAUCGAAAUUCCUCCGAUACCACAUAUCCCAGUACCAACCCCGGUUCAUCGUUGUCAUUCAUGAGGGGGGUCCUGCCGAAGUACUUCCACUCAGAACGGUCAUUUGCUCAGUUCUCCUUGCCGGAAUCCACAAAGUUCAUUGCAGGCUUCGGAUCAGAAAACACCCUUCUUCUUGUUGGCAUGAAUGGAAGUUUCUUGAGGUGUAGGUUCGAUCCUGUCGGAGGAGGGAAGAUGCUGGAGCUUGAACACAAACGCUUCUCUUCGUGACCGAAACUAAGUCCAGUGAGACAUUUCUUCUUGUUACCUCGUUUCCAAGA